UCCUUUGAGUUUCAACGUUACUUCCGCUUCAAUUCAAUUCUCUUUCUAUGGCGGAGAGCAAGUAUUUGUUGCCGGAACAACGGCAGCCCAGCGAGUUGAUGCAGCGGCGAGCGCAGUCGUCGAUGCAGAUCAACUGCGCCGCCGCGCAUUGGAACGUGGCGAUUCCGCUGCUGUCGCCGUUGGUUUCGUCGCUAGAGUCCAGGAAUGACCUGCCGGCGGCGAAUAAUUUGUAUUCUAAUUCGAGUUCGAGUAGUAAUAUAAAGGACGAGCUGGCUAAGAAAGAGCCGGAAAAGCCGCCGCCGUCGCCGGCGGUGUUUAAGAGGUGGCAACACCCGGCGAUGCCGUUUUGCCAUGAGCAGGCUCCUCCUUUCGUGCCGUUUAUACCGCGUAUGCUGAUCGAUUAACUAAAGUAUCAAAAAUUUCGGUUAUAAUUUUGAUGGGUAUAUAAUAUGUGUUUAUAUUUUUCCAACUUUACCCUUUUGUAAAUCAAAUCUUGUACCACUUCUAAUAAAGAACUUAUUUGUAUUUUCUUGACUAAAA